CGCAGCUUCACAGCGGAACGACCAGAGAUAAAGUGAAGAGAAAGGGAGACAGAGGGGGAGAGAAAGAGAGAGAGGGAGAGAAAGAGAGAGAGAGAGAGUGAAAGCGAGCCUGAGUCUCACAUAGACACAUACAGAGAAACGCAGAGACAGACAGAAACAGAGGUGAGAUGAAAGGCUAGCGAGUCCUUCCUACCAGUUUCCAAGCCCAGAAAAGACAUCCGGCUCUCCAGGAGGUCCGGGGGGCCCGGUCUGCCUAUCGCUCACCUCCACCCCCGGCCGGGCUCCACUUCAAUGCCCGAAGGAUCGCGGGUUGCUGCUUUUUCCAGGCGUCCGUGGACAAGGGGCGCCCGGCGCCACCUCUGACUCCGCCAGCGCCGCCGCCUGACCCGCGCGCCCUUGGGCACUGACGACGGUGCACCCAGCGCGUUCCUGCGUGCGCCAGCCUGUCGCGGGCCCUCAAAGGCAGCCCUGGCCAGGAUGUCCCCGGCCCGGGCGGUAGCCGGACUCCUCCUGCUGGCGGCCGCCAGCCUCGGAGAGAAGGCGGUGGGGCCCGGGCUUGCCUUCAGCGAGGAUGUACUAAGCGUGUUCGGCGCGAAUCGGAGCCUGUCGGUUGCGCAGCUCGGGCGCCUGCUGGAGCAGCUGGGAGCCGCCCCCGAGGAGGGCGCCCUGGAGCUGGGGCAGCUGCACUUCAACCAGUGUUUAUCUGCUGAAGAGAUAUUUUCCCUUCAUGGAUUUUCAAAUUCUACACAGAUAACCAGCUCUAACUUCUCUGUCAUCUGUCCAGCUGUCUUACAGCAGUUGAACUUGCACCCUUGUGAGGAUCGACCAAAGCACAACAAAAGACCAAGUCUUUCAGAAGUUUGGGGAUAUGGAUUCCUAUCAGUGACGAUCAUUAAUCUGGCAUCUCUCCUUGGAAUGACUUUGACUCCAUUGAUAAAGAAACCUUAUUUCCCUAAGAUUUUGACCUACUUUGUGGGACUGGCUAUUGGGACUCUGUUUUCAAACGCAAUUUUCCAACUUAUUCCAGAGGCACUUGGAUUCAAUCCCAAAGUUGAUAACUAUAUUGAGAAGGCAGUUGCUGUGUUUGGUGGAUUUUACAUACUUUUUUUUGUUGAAAGAAUGCUUAAGAUGGUAUUAAAGACAUAUGGUCAGAAUGAUCAUGUCCACUUUGGAAAUGAUGACUUUAGUCCUUCUCAAGAAAAAACUCAUCAACCCAAAGCCUUACCUGUCCCCAAUGGUGUGACGUGCUAUGCAAAUCCAGCUGUCACAGAGCCUAAUGGACACAUCCAUCUUGAUAAUGUCAGCGUAGUAUCUCUACAGGAUGGAAAAAGGGAGUCAAGUUCAUGUACCUGUUUGAAGGUGUCCAACCUGUCAAAAAUAGGGACGAUAGCCUGGAUGGUGACACUCUGUGAUGCGCUCCACAAUUUCAUCGAUGGACUGGCGAUCGGGGCGUCUUUCACCUUGUCUCUUCUCCAGGGACUCAGCACGUCUAUAGCAAUCCUGUGUGAGGAGUUUCCUCACGAGUUAGGGGACUUUGUGAUCCUACUCAAUUCAGGGAUGAGCACUCGACAAGCUUUGCUAUUUAACUACCUUUCGGCGUGUUCCUGCUACAUUGGGCUAGCUUUUGGCAUUUUGGUGGGCAACAAUUUUGCCCCAAAUAUUAUAUUUGCACUCGCUGGAGGCAUGUUCCUCUAUAUUUCUCUGGCAGAUAUGUUUCAAGAGAUGAACGAUAUGCUGAGAGAAAAGGUAACUGGAAGAAAAACGGAUUUCACCUUCUUCAUUAUUCAGAAUGCUGGGAUGUUAACUGGAUUCACAGCCAUUCUGCUCAUUACUUUGUUUGCAGGAGAAAUUGAAUUGGAGUAAUAGGAAAUGAAAUGGUGUUGUUAAUGAAGGCAUUUAAUAAAUAAUACUAAUUAAAAAAAAAAAAUCUCCAAAGGGAUUUUUAAGCAGAUCCUGUUUGUUUUCAACUGUAGGCCAAGAAAACGAAUUAUUGGUAUCAGAUCUGUUAAAUAGGCCAUGUUUGUUGUUUAAAAUGCUUCAAAAUGUUUUUAGUUCCACUUCAAACUGCCUGGUCUAUGUGAUCUUUGGUCAGUAUCCACUUUUCCAUGUUUCAUGCAUGUUAGAAAACCGUCUUGAAGCAAGAGAUGUGCAUUCUACAAUCACUCAGAAACAAAGACCCCGAAAAAAAUACAAGCCAGGUCAUGUAAGCCUUUGGAAUUCCAUGGUAGGAUCAAAGUUGAAGUGCUUCAGAGCGAUUUAGCUUCAAUUAAUUUGUUCUAGUGUUUUAAGGGCAAGGAUGUGAAAAUGUGGAAGAGAAUCAAAAUGUAUACAAUGCAGAUAUAAAUGAUUCCAAGGCCUUAAAGAACUGAAGAAAGAAAGAUUGCUCACAGUUUUUUUUGCUGUUUUAUAUUUCAGUUAGGCACUUGUAGGAUUGUUUAAAACAAUAUGAAUUAUGAAAUCAAUAAAGUUUUGUUAGCCUUACUAA